GAGUACAGAUCUGUUCUGUGUUCCACAGUAAGCUGUCAGAUUUCUGCGACGCUCUGAAGGAUCCUCUGAGGAUUCCAAAACCAAACUCCAUUAAACUAAUCCACAUGGAUCUGCCUCUUAUGCCUGGAGACAAAAUCCACUGUGUGGACGUCCUUUUCGCACUCUCCACGCAGGUGUUUGGUUGCUCUGAACAGGCGGACACUCUGAAAGCCAGAAUUGAGGAAAAGUUCGUAGACAACCCAUCCAAGGUGUCACAUGAACCAAUCAGCAGCACCCUGCAGAGGAAACAGGAAGACGUGGCGGCAGCAGUGAUCCAGAGAGCGUACAGGAAACACAUUAUGCAGCACAGAGGUGCAGAGGAGCCGGCAGUGGCGUCUGUGAACGGGGGUGGUGGUGUUUCAGGUGGAGCCUUACAGUAAGUCUCUCCCCCACGCUGCUCUGACUUCCUGCCAGAUGAGAACCUGAGGGAGUCUAUCAUCAGUCUGGACCGCACCUGUGGACCGAGCUCUUAGGUCAGAGACAACACAACUGGAGUUGAAGUUUGCUGCGGACAGCUUCGUUCUGUGCUCUACUUCUGUCUCUAAGAAAACUUUUUAUUACUGCGUCGUCACUUCCUGUGUGUCCUAACAGAGCUCAGUCUGUGAUGAGACAUCCCAGAUGAUAUUAAACUUUACAAUCAACUACUAAUCCAGGUUACUAUAACAUGUACACAACAUUUAUUAUUAAUAUAUCUCAAAAAUGUAUGAUUGUAGACGCUUGGUCCAGGACCAGGUGAUAUCAGAAAAAAAUUCUGACACUGAUCGGCAUCUCUGUUGAUCCCACAUUCUUUGUUUUCUGACUUUAUGUUUCCACACUGCUUACUCACAUAAUUACACUGUGGAGGGAGGAAAGAUUACAGAUGUUUCUUAAAAAAAUGCAUUUAUACUUUUUCCAGUGUCAGGGAUUGGCCUCCUCCUGAUGUUUGAAAAAGUCAUCUUAACUGCUGAACUGCCAUUCUGAAAAUAUUUCCCCUUCAUACUGGAAAUAUUACAACUUUGCUCUGGAAAUAAGAUUUUAUUCUGAAAAUAUUACAACCUUAUUAUGGAGAUAUUAUGAAUUUAUUCAGAAUAUAUUAUGACGGUACUCUGGAGGAAUUAAAACUUUUAAGAUUUUUUUAUUAUAAACUAACUGCACAAGAAAAAGGAACAGUAGCAUUAAUUUUAACAUCAGCAUAUCAAACUAACAUCAUUAUUAAAGUAAUAUAAGCAUUAAAAAAACACGCAUUUCUUUUAAAAGUGAUGUUGGCGGGAAGAAAACUAACAGUAAUUCAAUAAUAUAAGCAUUAAAAAAGGAAAUUAAUGUUAAAAAUAAAAUGUUAGCACAGGUAUCGGCAACCUUAGCCUCAUUUCCACCAAACACUUUGGGUAUGGUACCUUUGGAACCAACAGUAACCCUUCAGACAUGGUACCUAGACCCCAGUGUUUCCACCACAAACAGUACUCUUAAAUGUGGUUGUUGUCACUCACUGCUCUGUCCAGCACUCACUGUAUUUCCUCAUCACCGGUGACACAGAGGGAAGUCUGCACCUCGUUUAUUGUCCACAGAACGAGGCUGCACGCCAGGCUUUGAAUGAAUGUAGGUAUUGCCCGUCUCCAGAAUGCAGGAAAUCACAUCUAACACAUCCAAAAUUUUCUGGGGGAGGACAGCCAGACCCCCACUAUACCACCAUUAUCUCUCUCUGUAUGGUAUUUGUAUGUAAGGUAUUAGGCCCUAUCCAUCUCCAGCAGGCGCCCCAGAAAUCCGUUAGGAUGCGGGGGAUCAGGAUCACAUCUACCAAAUUAGUUGACAAACAAAAAUUUUAUGUGUCGGUCUAAACGACAAAAUUGUGGUCGACCCCGCUGAAUCUCACUCCAAGGUUUUUUGAAAAGUUGACAGCCCUGCAGUUUACCAAUAAAACUCUCCGCAGUAUGAACAGUGGUUACAUGAACCUCAAAACCAGCCACAACUCAGCCCUGAGCAGAGUGACCGUCCUCUACUGACCAAUCAGACUGCAGUGUUCACAGCUCCACCUUUUAGUACCAGAUCUGU